AUGUACAACGAGAAAUAUGCGCUGGAUUUUCCCAAUUCAAAUUACUUGUCCAAUUUAAAUAACCUCAAUGGAACAAAUCAAAACAUACAUUUAAACAGGUUGCCAACCUUGGGGGAGAUCUUGGCUAACAAGUCCAAAUCACCAGUUGACUUGUUUACUUUUUAUCAAUUUAUGCAAGAUGUUGAAGGAAGAGUAGAUUAUUUGGAUUUCUGGUUUGAUUUAAUCAAUCACUUGAAUUUAUGUAAACAUUAUGUCAAGGGUUUGAGAGAUUCCAUUGUACGUCAGUCAUCACACUUUCAAUCAAAUUCUCAACGUCAAUCUCAGCAGAUACGUGAUGAUACAAGUGUUGCUUCUGGGGCGAAUCAUCAAGUUCACAAUGGCCCCUCGUCUCGUCCCAUUUCAUCAACAACGCCAACAAAAGGUGCAUUUCAGUUUCGAAACUCAAACCCCAUUUCCGAUAAAUCCAACAAGCACAGAUCUUUGAGCUCGUCUAUUUUACUUGAUUUGAUCAUCAAUGACAAUAUUCUUGAAGAGAAUGAUUCAUAUAGAUUGUCAGCAUUUUUAAGAGGUGAUAUAAAUUUGGAUAAUGUCGAUCCUAAAUUGAAAGACCUUAUUGAACAAUAUAAUGCAGAGAUUGAAGCCAAUGAAAACAAUGCUAAUCGGGGUAGUAGUGGUAGUGGUGCUGGUGGCGCUGGUGGACAAUCGUUCCAGAACCAGCAAUCACCUGGCGGUAUUUCAAUGGGAAGAUCCUCGCCAAGCUUCUUAUCAAACCCGAGAUUAUCAGGUUCAUCUUUCCACCCACCAAAUCAUCCCCAUGAACCAAAGAGACUUAGUUCACAAUCAGGAUUGUUGAACGAUGAUGAUGUUGAUCAUGACGAUGAUGGCGUUGAUCAUUUCCCUCAUUCCAAUGAAUCUUCUUAUGAAAACCAGUUGGAUAUUGGACAAGCCGAUAAGGCUGUCACUCCUUCACAGUACGUGUCACUACAAUCGGGUCACAGAUCAGACACCAGCAUUGACAAGUUGAAACAUGAUUAUCCUCAACCUCAGAGCCCAUACGCAAGACAAUUUGGAAACAGCAAUUUGCGUCAUUCAAAUAAACGUGAGUCCACUGUGAACCCUUCACUUUUGGAAAGAUUAAUCAGGGAUUCACCGGCAACUUCGCAUGGAUCCUUCAUUACUAGAGACAACUUGAGAGAAUCAUCUCAUAAUUUAUUAUUGAAAUACUUUGUUGAAGAUUCAGAGAAGAAUUUGAAUUUACCACCACAAGUUAACUCCUACAUCAUCAAACUGAUUGAAGUAGAUGGCCGUGACGAUCCUGAUGUUUUCAAUUAUGUCAAACACUUUGUUUUCAACAGAUUGGAGAAUGAUCAUUUACCCAAAUUUCUUGACUUUAUGGCCACGAGAAAUAUCAAUCACUCAAACUUUGGAAGAAUCAUUGCUGGAUUCUUUUUCUUGUUUAUUGCCUUUUGGGUUAGUUUUAUCCUUGUGUUUUUGAAUUAUCGAAAGGGUUUGAGACCGGUUAUUGUAUUACCAUUUUUGUUGGCUUUUUACUUGAUUGUUUCAUCAAUUUACUUGAUUGAUCCUAUAAUGGCUUGGUUUGGAAUACUGGAAACUUUUUCGAAAAAGAAUGGGCAAUCACUACUCAGAAUACGAGAAAAGUUUGUGUACAAUUUCAUUGUAAAGAGAAGUUUGUGGGUGUUGUUUUUGAUUUUGGUCUUUACUGCUAUUAUGACAAUUUUGUUUAGUUUAGUUCCCGGACAUCGGUUAUAG